AUGGUUCAACUUGCCUCCCUCUCCGUAGCCGUCCUGGCUUCGCUUGCCCCUUUGGCUGCCGCAAAGAAUUGCAAGACUGGUCUCAACUACUGUGGUUUUGUCCUCACUAGCAUCGGCAACUACGACUCUCAAAUUGCUGUGGCUUUGCAGGCCGCAAACCAACCCACGGAUGAUCUUCAUUUUCGCGAAUCUCUCUUCCAUUGCAACGGAGGUGGCAAUGGCGAUAUUUCGUUCUCGACCUACUGUGAUGGUGGUUGCCAGGAUGGGGGUUCUGCUACUGAUUGCGAGUCGGUCGUUCCGUCGACCUCCGCUACCUCCGCUACAGUACUUGUUAUCACGAUGAGCAUACAUCGCCCUUUAUCUGGUCUGCCCCAUAACCAUCGCACGGAGACUUUUUCUAAUUGGAGACGACUAUCAGCGGCGAUAAAUAUGGUCUACGAACAGCUAGUUGAACAUUGCGGAGAAGGAAACCAGUGGAUUAUUGUUUUGGGGCUAUCACGCAAUGCAAUCCAGCGGCUGGGCGAUGAAAGGUCGCGUGAUGGGAUUUCCUUCAGGUUCGAGCACGAUGGCAGCACUGGGAUUAUUAAAGUCCCCGGCCCUGGACAUGAAAUCACGACGGACCGUGUGAAGACCAAGAUUAGCUUUCUCAUGCUGCGUAUGGGGAUUGAAGACCAAUACUGGGUGGCUGCAACGAGGUACCAAGCCACUGGAGGUAGUAAAAGUAAGGAAGGCGACCAGGGAUUCCUGCCACCUGCUCGGCAACCUGUGGGCACAUUGGCAACAGAUGUCUGUCCGUUCCCGACUCUCGUCAUCGAGACUGGGGUGUCUGAAUCACUCCCCAAGCUUAGGGAAGACACCCUCUGGUGGUUCAACCAUUCAGGGGGGGAUGUGCGCAUCGUUCUUGUUAUCUGUAUCCGGAAACGUGUGCGGCAGCCAGUUAUGCUGAUUGAAAAGUGGCAGUUGGCCCCUCCGACUCCUAGGCCACUUACAAGGGGAGUUAUUCAACAGCUUCAACGGCAAGUGCCAUAUCCAAUGCCACCUCAAAUUCAGCAGCAGCCGGGUAGUCAAUAUGCAUACUGUGCCCAGUCUAUCGAAGUUACGCCCCAGGACCUUGCCGGUCCAUCGCUUAUUCUUCCCUUUCUCGCUGUUUUCGACCGCCCGCCAGUCGCUCCAGAGGCUGACUUGAUACUGACUACUGAAGUGCUUGCGUCGUGUAUCCAGCAUCUUUGA